GGGGGGGGGGGGGGGGGGGGGGGCGUGCGGAGGCCCGGACGGCGCGCGCGGCCGGCGGUGAGGUCGGCCCAGCGCGGUGCAGCGAGCGCCCCCCGCGCCCCUCUCCGGCAGCCCAGGCGCCCCCGCCCCGCGCCCGCAAUGCCCGAGCAGCUCAGCGUCGCCGAGUUCCUGGCCGUCACCGCGGAGGACCUCAGCUCCCCGGCCGGGGCCGCUGCCUUCGCCGCCAAGAUGCCCCGGUGCCGGGGGGCGGCGCUGGCGCGGGAGGAGGUCCUGGAAGGAGACCAGGCCCUCCUGCAGAGAGUGAAGAAGGCCGUGCGGGCGAUCCACAGCUCCGGCCUUGGCCACGUGGAGAACGAGGAGCAGUACCGAGAGGCUGUGGAGUCCUUAGGCAACAGCCACCUGUCCCAAAACAGUCAUGAGCUGUCCACCGGCUUCCUGAACUUGGCUGUGUUCACCCGCGAGGUGGCCGCGCUCUUCAAGAACCUGGUUCAGAACUUGAACAACAUUGUCUCUUUCCCCCUGGACAGUCUGUUGAAGGGGCAGCUGAGGGAUGGGCGACAGGAUUCCAAAAAGCAGCUGGAGAAGGCAUGGAAGGACUACGAAGCCAAAAUGGCCAGGCUGGAGAAGGAGAGGGACCGUGCCAGGGUGACAGGAGGGAGCCCUGGGGAGGUGGCCCAGGACACGCAGAGAGAGCGGCGUGUUUUCCAGCUGCACAUGUGUGAGUAUCUGCUCAAAGCUGGGGAGAGCCAGAUGAAGCAAGGUCCCGACUUCCUGCAGAGCCUCAUCAAGUUCUUCCACGCCCAGCACAACUUUUUCCAAGAUGGCUGGAAGGCUGCUCAGAGCCUGUCCCCCUUCAUCGAGAAGCUGGCGGCCUCAGUGCAUGCACUGCGUCAAGCCCAGGAGGAGGAGCUCCAGAAGUUGACCCAGCUCCGGGACUCCCUCCGGGGGACGCUGCAGCUGGAGAGCAGAGAGGAGAACCUGAGCCGGAAGAAUUCAGGAGGUGGCUACAGCAUCCACCAGCACCAAGGCAACAAGCAGUUUGGGACGGAGAAGGUGGGCUUUCUGUACAAGAAAAGUGAUGGAAUUCGAAGAGUCUGGCAGAAAAGGAAGUGCGGAGUAAAGUACGGCUGCCUGACCAUCUCACACAGCACGAUAAACCGGCCCCCAGUGAAGCUGACCCUGCUGACGUGCCAAGUGAGGCCCAACCCCGAGGAGAAGAAGUGCUUCGACCUGGUGACCCACAACAGGACGUACCACUUCCAGGCGGAGGACGAACACGAGUGUGAGGCGUGGGUGUCCGUUCUGCAGAACAGUAAGGACGAAGCCUUGAGCAGUGCCUUCCUCGGGGAGCCCGGCGGCGGCCCGGGGCCCUGGGGGGGCGCCGGGCUGGACGGGGAGCCCCAGGACCUCACCAAGCUGCUCAUCGCCGAGGUGAAGAGCAGGCCCGGGAACGGCCAGUGCUGCGACUGCGGGGCAGCAGACCCCACGUGGCUCAGCACCAACCUGGGCGUGCUCACCUGCAUCCAGUGCUCCGGCGUCCACCGCGAGCUGGGCGUGCGCUUCUCGCGCAUGCAGUCCCUCACCCUGGACCUGCUGGGCCCCUCCGAGUUGCUGCUGGCCUUGAACAUCGGAAACACACGCUUCAAUGAGGUCAUGGAGGCCCAGCUGCCCUCACACGGCGGCCCUAAACCGUCUGCUGAGAGUGACAUGAGCGCCCGCAGGGACUACAUCGUGGCCAAGUAUGUGGAACACAGGUUUGCCCGGCGCUCCACACCCGAGCCCCAGAGACUCUGGAUGGCCAUUUGCAACCGGGACCUCCUGUCGGUGCUGGAGGCCUUUGCUAAUGGGCAGGACUUCGGACAGCUGCUGCCUGGGCCUGAGGGGCAGGCACCUGGAGAGCUCGCCCUGCACUUGGCUGUCAGAGUCGCCAGCCAGGCCUCCCUGCCCCUGGUGGAUUUCAUCAUCCAGAAUGGUGGUCACCUGGAUGCCAAGGCUGCUGAUGGGAACAGUGCCCUGCACUAUGCUGCUCUCUACAACCAGCCCGACUGCCUGAAGCUGCUGCUGAAAGGGAGGGCGGCCGCUGGCUCAGUGAACGAGGCAGGAGAAACAGCUCUGGACAUAGCCAGGAAGAAGCAGCACAAGGAAUGUGAGGAGCUGCUGGAGCAGGCCCAGGCUGGGACCCUCGCCUUCCCUCUGCACGUGGACUACCCCUGGGGAAUUUCCCCCGAGCCUGGCUCUGACAGUGAGGAGGACGAGGAGGAGAAGCGCUGCUCUCUGAAGCCCCCAGCCCAGGUCCGCUGGGCCAGUGGGAGGCUGGACAUCAGCAACAAGACUUAUGAGACCUUCGCCAGUCUGGGACCAGCCCCUCAGAGCCAGAGUGAGGACUGCCCCCCACCCUUGCCAGUGAAGAACCCUUCUCGGACUGUGGUCCAGGGACGCGCGGGACAUGCCAGUGGAGAUCGUUCUGAAGUCCCCAGCCUGAGCUCGGAAGCCCCUGGGGCCUCUGAGAGCCUGAGCAGUCCAGCCUCCUCCUCCUCCAGCCUUACAAGCCCCGUGGAACCUGGGGGUCCCAGCCAAAGCCCACAUGGCUCUGAAGAGGGCCUCUGGGAGCCCUCGGGCGCCUCUCGACCCAGCCUGACAUCUGGAACCACCCCUGCGGAGAUGUAUCCCCCCGUCAGGUUCAGCUCCGAGAGCACUCGCUCCUAUCGGCGGGGGGCCCGGAGCCCAGAAGACUGUCCCACGGCCAGGCAGCCUCUGCCCAGAAGAAACAUGCCGGAGUCCCCCGGAAUCCGCUGAGCCUGCCAGCUCCCAGGCAUAGAGGGAUGUGACAGGGACAAGGUUGGCUUCACGGAAGGGGAGGGCUCGAGGACUGGGGUUCUCCCAGCAAGUUCUGUGCAGCUUUUGCAAGACUAGCUCCUUGCCGGCCGUUGUGUGCCUGGACCACCCCUAUGCUGGACCCCAACAUUCAGAGCUAGGACUUGAGCCGCAUGACUGGAAAGCUGAGGUGUUCGCUCCCUUAGGUCUUGCUUCCUCUGUUCCUUGUGCUUCUGUGGCUGGCCUUCCUCCCUGCCAUGGGCCCGUGCCCCUGCCGAGGACACUGCGCCCUGCGAGGUUAGGGCUGAUGGUGGUUCUUUCCCCUCUAUCUCAUUACCCGCCAGAGGCCAGGGGGCUGUAUGGCUGGAUCUGAGUACUCCUGAGCUAGCUGCAGCUGCCAAACCCACAGUCCCUCAUCAGACCAGCACUGUGCUUCUUCCAUCAGUCUGGGGCCUCCGCAAGAGUAGGACCAGCCUGCUUCGUCAUUCUCCAUGUCCAGACAGGGAUUCUGCCAGACCAGGGACUGUCUUCUCAGCCAUUAUUAGUCUAGUAUUCCUUUACUGAGUUCCAGAUGCCACAUGAAUAGAAGAAGAGUCCUGCAGAGGUGGUCCCUUGCUGGGAAGCUGGUCCCAAAGGUUGGGCUUGGGAGUGGGCAGGGCUAGGUUCCAGGGGCUGGGCUCAGGGGCAGACUGACUAUCAGCUGGUUUACACCUGUGUGACCCUGCAGCUGUCUGUGGCCUGUGUCCAUUCUAGCAGGUCAAUGCCCAUGCUAUCCUGGCUGUUACAUAAAUAUUCUAAAUAUCACCCCUUGGAGGGUCAGCACAGCCUUCCGGGGGACCUCUGCUACAUUCCCCAGUCAGGAGGUAGAGUAGGACUCACCCGAAUGUGCCCACUCACCUUGAUGUAGCAGGAAGGAGAGGAAUGGUCCAGGAUCGUUGAUCCUCACUUCUCUGCUCUUUCUCUCGGUCAGCUCAGGAGCCUUUCAGUCUCGGGGGAGGAAUGGGCCCAGAAAGGAGAAAGCAGAGUGACAGAAAUGGGAGGGCACAGACUGGAAGGUUCUGCUUGCCAGGGCCAGAAAUCCCACCAUGGCUUCCAGCCCCAUCAUCAAAAACAUAUACACCCAGGCCAUCCUCAGUCUCUAACACCUCAGCCUUACGGGCACUGGGCGCUGGGCCCUGGCAGGGAUGGCCCUGGCCAGACGGGACGCCAGAGGGUGCCAAUGGCCAACGCAGCAGUCUGUCCCAGGAGGCUGGGCUGUUUACUCUGGAGACCUGGCUGGUCUGUGUUCCCACAGGAACAGGGUUGUCUUCUGAGCCCUCAGUGUCUGAUUUUGUUUGCCUCAGACUUGUUAUUUCACUCCUCUCUAAUAAAAGAUUUUUUUGAGUAAA